AUGGGGGUGGGUGGUAUUAUUGCUGGAAGGCUUCGUAGGUCCCGAUAUGGGGGGUGGGGGGGUUAUUAACUGGAAGGCUUCUAGGUCCGGUAUGGGGGUGGGUGAUUAUUGAUGGAAGGCUUCGUAGGGUCCGGUAUGGGGGUGGGUGGUUGGUUUUAUUGACUGGAAGGCUUCGUAGGUCCGGUAUGGGGGUGGGGUGGUGGUAUUAUUUGACGGGAAAGGCUUCGUAGGCCCGGGUUAUGGGGGGUGGUGGGUGUAUUAUUGACUGGAAGGCUUCGUAGGUCCGGUAAUGGGGGUGGGUGGUUGGUAUUAUUGACUGGAAGGUUUCGUAGGUCCGGUUGGGGGUGGGGUGGUAUUAUUGACUGGAAGGCUUCGAGGUCCGGUAUGGGGGUGGGGGUAUUUUACUGAAGGCUUCUAUCCAGGGUGGUGGUUGGUUUAUUACUGGAAGUUUCCCUAGGUCCGGUAUGGGGUGGGUGGUAUAAUGACUGGAAGGCUUCUAGGUCCGGUAUGGGGGGGGGGGUGGAAAAUUAUUGACUGAAUGCCUCGUAGGUCGGUAGGGGGGUGGGUGGUAUUAUUGACUGGAAGGCUUCUUAGGUCCGGGUAUGGGGUGGGUGGUGGUAUUAAUGACUGGAAGGCUUCGUAGGUCCGGUAUGGGGGGGGGGGGGGGGGUGGUAUUAUUGGCUGGAAGGCUUCGUAGGUCCGGUAUGGGGUGGGUGUAUUAUUGACUGGAAGGCUUCGUAGGUCCGGUAUGGGGGUGGGUGGUGGUAUUAUUUGGACUGGAAGGCUUCGUAGGUCCGUAUGGGGGGGUGGGGGGGUUUGUAUUAUUGACUGGAAGGCCUUAGAGGUCCGGGUAUUGGGGGGGGGGUGGUAUAUUGACGGGGUGUGGGGUAUGGGGGGGUGGUAUUAUUGGACUGGGAAGGUCCGUAGGUCCGGUAUGGGGGGGUGGGUGGGGUAUUAUUGACUGGAAGGCUUCGUAGGUCGGUAUGGGGUGUGGUGGGUGGUAUUAUUGACUGGAAGGCUUCGUAGGUCCGGUAUGGGGGGGGGUGGGUGGUAUAUUUGACUGGAAGGUUCGAGGUCCGGUAUGGGGGUGGGUGUGGUAUUAUUGACUGGAAGGCUUCGUAGGUCCGGUAUGGGGGGUGGGUGGUAUUAUUGACUGGAAGGCUUCGUAGGUCCGGUAUGGGGUUGGGUGGGGUGGUCUUAUUGACUGGAAGGCUUCGUAGGUCCGGUAUGGGGGUGGGUGGUGGUAUUAUUGACUGGAAGGCUUCGUAGGUCCGGUAUGGGGGGGUGGGUGGUAUUAUUGACUGGAAGGCUUCGUAGGUCCGGUAUGGGGGGGGUGGGUGGUAUUAUUGACUGGAAGGCUUCGUAGGUCCGGUAUGGGGGUGGGUGGUUGGUAUUAUUGACUGGAAGGCUUCGUAGGUCCGGUAUGGGGGGGGGUGGUAUUAUUGACUGGAAGGCUUCGUAGGUCCGGUAUGGGGUGGGUGGAUUAUUGACUGGAAGGCUUCGUAGGUCCGGUAUGGGGGGUGGGGGGGGUAUUAUUGACUGGAAGGCUUCGUAGGUCCGAUAUGGGGGUGGGGGUAUUAUUGACUGGAAGGCUUCGUAGGCCCGGGUUUAUGGGGGGUGGGUGGUAUUUGACUGGAAGGCUUCGUAGGUCCGGUAUGGGGGUGGGUGGGUGGUAUUAUUGACUGGAAGGCUUUCGUAGGUCCGGAAAUGGGGGUGGGUGGGUGGUAUUAUUAAACUGGAAGGCUUCGUAGGUCCGGUAUGGGGGUGGGUGGGUGGUAUUAUUGACUGGAAGGCUUCGUAGGUCCCGGUAGGGGGUGGGUGUUGGUAUUAUUGACUGGAAGGUUUCGUAGGUCCGGUAUGGGGGUGGGUUGGUAUUAUGAGGAGGCUUCGUAGGUCCGGUAUGGGGGGGUGGGUGGUAUUAUUGACUGGAAGGCUUCGUAGGUCCGGUAUGGGGGGGGGUGGGUGGUAUUAUUGACUGGAAGGCUUCGUAGGUCCGUGGUAUGGGGGGUGGGUGGUAUUAUUGACUGGAAGGCUUCGUAGGUCGGUUAUGGGGGUGGGUGGGUGGUAUUAUUGACUGGAAGGCUUCGUAGGUCCGGUAUGGGGGUGGGUGGGUAUUAUUGACUGGAAGGACUUCGUAGGGUCCGGUAUGGGGGGUGGGUGGGUGGGUAUUAUUGACUGGAAGGCUUCGUAGGUCCGGUAUGGGGGGGGGGGGGGUGGUAUUAUUGGCUGGAAGGCUUCGUAGGUCCGGUAUGGGGGUGGGUGGUAUUAUUGACUGGAAGGCUUCGUAGGUCCGGUAUGGGGGUGGGUGGGUGGUAUUAUUGACUGGAAGGCUUCGUAGGUCCGGUAUGGGGGUGGGGGGGUGGUAUUAUUUGACUGAAGGCUUCGUAGGUCCGGUAUGGGGGGGUGGGUGGUAUUAUUGAACGGAAGGCUUCGUAGGUCCGGUAAUGGGGGUGGGUGGUAUUAUUGACUGGAAGGCUUCGUAGGUCCGGUAGGGGGUGGGUGGGUGGUAUUAUUGACGGGAAGGGCUUCGUGGGUUUUCCGGUAUGGGGGUGGGUGGUUGGUAUUUUUUGACUGGAAGCUUCGUAGGUCCGGUUGGGGUGGGUGGUUGGUUUUAUUGACUGGAAGGCUUCGUAGGUCCGGUAUGGGGGGGGGGUGGUAUUAUUGACUGGAAGGCUUCGUAGGUCCGGUAUGGGGGUGGGUGGUAUUAUUGACUGGAAGGCUUCGUAGGUCCGGUAUGGGGGGGGGUGGGGUAUUAUUGACGGGAAGGUUUCGUGGGUUUCCGGUAUGGGGGUGGGUGGUUAUUUUUGCUGGAAGGCUUCGUGGGUUUCCCGGUAUGGGGGUGGUGGUGGUAUUAUUGACUGGAAGGCUUCGUAGGUCCGGUAUGGGGGGGUGGGUUGGUAUUAUUGACUGGAAGGCUUGUAGGUCCGGUAUGGGGGUGGGGGGUAUUAUUUGACUUGGAAGGCUUCUGUGGGUCCGGUAUGGGGGGUGGGUGGGGGGUUAUUAUUGACGGGAAAGGGCUUCGUAGGUCCGGUAUGGGGGGGGUGGUUGGUAUUAUUGACUGGAAGGUUCGUAGGGUCCGGUAGGGGGUGUGGGGGGGGUGGUAUUAUUGAUUUGGAAGCUUCGUAGGUCCGGUAUGGGGGGUGGGUGGUUGUAUUAUUGCUGGAAGGCUUCGGGGUUUCCGGUAUGGGGGGGGGUGUUAUUAUUGACGGGAAGGCUUCGUAGGUCCGGAAAUGGGGGUGGGUGGUUGGUAUUAUUGACUGGAAGGCUUCGUAGGUCCGGUAUGGGGGUGGGUGGUAUUAUUGACUGGAAGGCUUCGUAGGUCCGGUAUGGGGGUGGGUGGUAGGUCCGGUAUGGGGGUGGGUGGUAGGUCCGGUAUGGGGGUGGGUGGUUGGUCCGGUAUGGGGGUGGGUGGUAGGUCCGGUAUGGGGGUGGGUGGUAUUAUUUAAAGCGAUAUUUGACCAGUACUCUCAUGUCUUUUUAUUAUCUGUUUACAUCACUUAUUCUUGGGUGAUCUCAUUAGGAAUAUACCAGUGAUGUAGUGGGAGAAAUAGGUGGGUAAACUCUGAUCACCGUUCGCUGUGAGUAAAGUAACUCUCCCUAUACUUUAAAUGCAUUUUUUUUUUUUUUGCAAAAGAUGGGUAAACGUUAGCGCAACAAAAAAGAAAGUACGUAAACGGCGUUGACCUGCGUUCGCCCUCCACUACACCACUGGAAUCUACGGUAUAAAUGCUUGAAUGAUCUCACCAUUUCUUCUCUCUCUCUCUCUCUCUCUCUAACCUGUAGAUGUCUGCCAUCGACGGUAAGGAUGCGGUGGAUAUCGUGUGUAACACGGAGAGUGAGGAGAGAGAUGAGACGCUUCUGUCCCUCUGCAGAGCCUUCCUCUCUCAGCAACUACACAGAGGAGACAUGUAUCGCGUGUGGUGAGGCUCUUCACUUUUCAACACACUUCAUACCUGUCCGUGUUCUACGUCAGGGGCCGUAUGGAUCAAGAAUUUCAGAGUUGGGAGUGGUGAUUUUAGGAUCCGUUUUCCCCUUUUUAGAUCACAAUUUAAUACGAUUUACAAGGAAAGGGGGGGGCCUGAUCCUAGAUCAGCGCUUUUACUCUUGACUCUUGAUUGAUCAUGUUGCGUCCUUACAUGCUCCAACAGAGUUCUGCUGACGGUACCAGAGGUAGAGAUAAUAGCCGACCCAUGUCUCCCCAGAUACUCUCUCUGCUGACGGUACCAGGGGUAGAGAUGAUAGCCGACCCACGUCUCCCCAGAUACUCUCUCUGCUGACGUACCCAGAGGUGAGAGAUGUAAGCCGACCCAUGUUAUCCCCCAGAUACUCUCUCUGCUGAACGGUCCCAGAGGUAGAGAUAAUAGCCGGACCCCACGUCUCCCCAGAUACUCUCUCUGCUGACGGUAACCAGAGGUAGAGAUUAAUCGCCGACCCACGUCUCCCCAGAAUACUCUCUCCUGACCCAGGUAGUAUACCCCCCCCGUCUCCCCAGAUACUCCUCUCUGCUGACGGUUACCAGAGGUAGAGGAUAAAUAGACCGACCCAUGUCUCCCCAGAUACUCUCUCUGCCUGACGGUACCAAGAGGUUAGAGAUGAUAGCUGACCCAUGUCUCCCCAGAUACCUCUCGUCUGCUGGACGGUAACAGAGGUAGAGAUAAUAGCUGACCCAUGUCUCCCCAGAUACUCUCUCUGCUGACGGUACCAGAGGUAGAGAUAAUAGCCGACCCAUGUCUCCCCAGAUACUCUCUCUGCUGACGGUACCAGAGGUAGAGAUAAUAGCCGACCCACGUCUCCCCAGAUACUCUCUCUGCUGACGGUACCAGAGGUAGAGAUAAUAGCCGACCCUGUCUCCCCAGAUACUCUCUCUGCUGACGGUACCAGAGGUAGAGAUAUAGCUGCCCUGUCUCCCCAGAUACUCUUCUCUGCUGACGGGACCAAGGUAGAGAUAAUAGCUGACCUGUCUCCCCAGAUACUCUCUCCGCGACGGUACCAGAGGUUAGAGAUAAUUUGCCGACCCAUGUCUCCCCAGAUACUCUCUCUGCUGACGGUACCAGGUAGAGAUAAUAGCUGACCCAUGUCUCCCCAGAUAUCUCUCUGCUGACGGUACCAAGGUAGAGAUAAUGCUGACCCAUGUCUCCCCAGAUACCCCUCUCUUGCUGACGGUACCAGAGGUAGAGAUAAUAGCUGACCCACGUCUCCCCAGAUACUCUCUCUGCUGACGGUACCAGAGGUAGAGAUAAUAGCUGACCCAUGUCUCCCCAGAUACUCUCUCUGCUGACGGUACCAGAGGUAGAGAUAAUAGCCGACCCAUGUCUCCCCAGAUACUCUCUCUGCUGACGGUACCAGAGGUAGAGAUGAUAGCCGACCCACGUCUCCCCAGAUACUCUCUCUGCUCUGUCAUUUCAGACCUCUUGUUCCUGGAUUUACAAACAGAUGUUUUUAGGAUUAAUUAACAAACAGGGAUAUUUGGAUACAGUAAUUGCUAGGCUUAAGCUGAUGUCACAUGAUGUGGACGCAAUUUAUGUUGCUUGCACAUAGUUGCAUCUGGGUUGCGCUGUGUCACCCCCCCCCAAAAAGAAAGAAUUGCCUGCAACUUGGUUGCGUUGCAUCGCAAGAGAUAGAAAUCAAUCCUAUUUCACGCAGCUGACUUUAUGCAAUGUCGGAUCAGUGAGCAGAAACGAGUUGGCUUGACUGGUCAUAUUGUUCCGUUUGGGAACUCUGACCCAGUUGUCGUAGCUGUCGGUGCUGCUGCAAACUGCGACAGAAGAGUCAUGCCAAAUGGGUAAUCUAGAAAACAUCGUAGACAGCAGCAUGGCUAGUCAUGGGGAACAUUGGUCUGGGCAGUCCGUCACGUUUAGAAGUGAAGGCAGACCUUUUCUCCGUCCAGUUUCAACAUGAACGGCGCUAGCUAGCUUAGCUCAUCGCAUUCAUGAAACCAUGAUUUGAUGGAUGACAGGAUUGGAUGUUACGUGCAAUUUCAAUUGCGUUUUUUUUGAAUUUCUUUGUGUGUCAGCGAAGUUGCUUGAGAUGUCGCUUGCGUCUGAACAGGAAUUGCGUCCAAAUUGCUUCGUGUGACACAGGCUUUACAAUUGAAGUGCAGAUAUUUGAUUUAUUCUGCUUGUUCUUUGGUGUUAUGGGUUACCAGGUUACUGUUCAGCACCUUGUGAUAACUGGUCACAUAAAAUGGCUUUAUAGAAGACAUUGGAUUGAUUUGAUCUUUAACCACUUUCUUCUCCCCCAUGGGGAUCUGAUUUAGAAACAGGUUUUUAUUUCAGCCGGCUAAUGAAUAAAACUGCGACCUUUUUGACACCGUAAUAACUAACCUUAUUAAUGAAGUGAUUUUAUAAUUGUAUUUAAUCACUUUCUCUUCCUCUACAGGGAUCUGGUGUUCAUAUGGAGUAAACUCCAUCUGCGGGUCAACCCUUCCAAACAGGUCUUCCUGGAAGAGAGCCAUCGGCUGAUGCUGUCCGCCACCAACAUCAAAUCAAUAUUCCCUUUCAUGAGAGUGAUCCUUGCAGAGGUGAGCCGGGGAACUCGUGGGACUGUUGAUUGGCUUUAUUUAUUUGUUGCUCAAAUUACUGCGGACAUUAUUUUUUAUUUUAUUUUUAGAUGUAAUGGAGUCGUUGUAGUGUAGAGGAUUAUGUCAAGUUGCUUUGAUUUGGGUUUUUAGCUAGUUAAGGUGGCUUGGCUUAGUUCAGAGUUUAUUUUAUUUGUUUUAUGUUUGUUGAGGAGAAUAUUUGUGAUGUGUUUGCUUCCUGUUUUUUUUACACGUCAGAGCCAUGUUUUUUUCCAUUGUGUUUCAUCUGAUAACUGCAUACUAGAGAUAUGAAUAGAAGCCAGGCUUUUUUUUUUGUGUUGACUGAAAAAUUGUGCUGAACUGACAAACAUACCGUCAGCUUACAUGAUCCCGGGGUGCGUCUCAAAUGGGCCCCCUAUUUAUGGGCCCUGGUAAAAGAUAGUGCACAUGUAUGUGUAUAGGGAAUAGUGUUCCGUUUGGGACGCAGCCCUGAUCAUGAUUAGGCCUCCUCUUUCUCUUUUUAGUGUGAUCGUUUUCUAUGUACAGUCAAAAAAUGGACGCCCUUGAUUUAAAGAUGCGCGACAAAGACUGUAUAUAUAUAUAUAUACGAUGCAAAUACCGAGCUAUAUUGUACGCUCCAAAACCAUUUUGAUAGUAUUUUAUACUAAUACAAUUGCUCAGGGAAAGAUUGAGUUUAACAAGUACUAUUUAUUUUCAAAAUUAUUGGCACCCCUGUUUUUUUUUUUCCCAAUACCUUUCAAUACCUCAACUUGCGAGUAUAAUAUAACGGCACUGAGUCUUUUUCUAUGUAGGUAUGGGGUUAUUUUCUGCUUAUGCAUCCUUUAUUUUUUUCGACACCAAACCCACCCCUGUUGUGCACCUCUAUUUUCAUGUCAUCCAACAAAUAUAAACGGCGUAAGGCCUUUAGAACCUAGAAGAACCUUUUGAAUCUCCGGACCAACUGCCUGCUAAACGGCACUUGGAUUGGAACCGGUGCUUUGGUCAGAUGACAAUGAAAAUAGAGGUCUUUGGCCAGGCACAGCAGUGGUGGGUUUGGAGUCGAAAUAAGGAUGCAUGAGUAGAACAUAACAGUAAAGUACGGUGGUGGAUCUUUUGAUGUUACGGGGCUGUUUUCCUUCCACUGGGCCCUAGGGGCCCUUGUUAAGGUCAACAGCAUCUUGAACCAGGACAUUUUAGCCCAAAAUCUGGUUGCCUCCACAAGGAGGCUAAAACUUUUGCUGCAAGUGGAUCUUCCAGCAAGACGACAACCCCAAGCACACAUCCAUAAUUCACAAAGAAAUGGUUAAUUGACCACAAUCUACAUUUUAGCAAUGGCCAUCUCAGUCUCCGGACCUUGAACCCCCAUUGGAAAAAGGAUCUGGAAAGAUUCUGUAUGGAGGAGUGAUCUAAGAUUCAUCCCAAUGUGUUCCUGCAAUCUUAUCAAACCUUUUUUUUUUUUUUGAAAAGGAUCCGUGCCGUUAUCCUCGCAAGGUGAGGUAUUGACAACCGGCCAAUCAUUUGGACCCUAUCUUUUUGAGACCCAAAAAAAUAUUAUUGUAUUAGUAUAAAAUAAUAUUUGACUUUUUUUUGUGGUUGCAUACAAUAUAGCUCAGUAUUUGUAUUAGUUUGAUGGUAUUCUUUGCUCUUUUUUUUUAUCAAGGGUGGCAAUAAUUUUGGACCUGACUGUGUGUAUCUAUAUGUCUGUGUGUGUGUGUGUAGCAGGGGUAAUUCAUUGACCCCUUCUGUUGUAUUUCUCUCUUGCUCUCCCCAGCUGGGGAAGGAUGGUCUCCAGUUCUGUGUGGAGCUCUGCACCCACGCCCUCCAGACGAACCCCUGCGACUCCGCCACCAAGUCCCUCAUCUACAAGACGGUGGCCUACCUCCUCCCCAACGACCUGGAGGUCUGCCGGGCCUGCGCCCUCCUCGUCUUCUUCCUGGAGCGCACCGUGGAGGCCUACAAAACUGUCCUCCUCCUCUACACCCACCCCGACCAGGAGUACAACGCCGAGGCCGGCCCCAUCGGAAACCACAUCCGCUUUGAGAUCCUCCAGACCCUGAAGAGAGGCCUCUACUUCGACCCGGAGUUCUGGAACCUUUUGAAUCUCCGGACCAACUGCCUGAAGCUGAUGAGCGAGAAGAAGGCGGCGUUGGCAAGGAUGGUGGAGGAGGAGGAGGAGAUGGGUGGGUGUCCAACUACUGCACCACCACCACCACCACCACCACCAAAGAGCCCUGUCGCGGCCGGAGUGCUGACCUGUCUGAGCGCGUGCAGACUAAACACGUAGAGAUUAAACCGGCUAAACCAGCACAGAAACACGUUCAGAUUAAACCCUUUCACCAGGUAACGGCGCCCAAAAGGCGGUUCCAAAAAGAAGAGAAGAAUCACAUUUCGACGGCGCCGGUGGCGGCCAAACGUGUCAAAGCUCAAAGGUUGGAAAAGACCGUAGAAAAUACCUCUGUCGAGCCGCGGCAGCCGCCUGUUAAUCAUGUGACGGCGAAAGCUAAGACGGAGAAGCCGGCUGAACCCCCUGAAGUUGAGGAACAACCCGUAUUAAAAAGAAGAGGAAGGAAGCCUGGGCCGAAGCCGGGACCGCGGUCGCCUGCGAGAGCGACGGAGUCCUCAGCCGAGACCGCCUCUGUCAGACGGUCCUUCAGACAACUGGACAUGGCGCAGGAGAACCUGGCCAGGCAAGUCGGUCACGGACAACACAGGCACAUGACCAGACUCUCAGAGAAGAAACCUCCGAAACGGCGGGGCAGGAAACCCCGUUGGCUACUGGAAGGCACGUUCCAGGCUGAGAACAGCGCUCCCCGGACGGGUCGCCAACCGGGCAGGAAACCCCCGCGGCAGAAGACCCAGCAGACGCCAGCGGAGAAGACUGGUGCCGCUGUCAACGAAAGCGCAGCCGGACAAAAGGACGCCGCGACGUCGCAAAAUAAAACUGCGGCCGCUCGUCUGACAGCGCCGAGGGAACAGGAAGGUAAACGUCGGGAGGAGACUCCUGCUACCAACCGCCUGCCGGCAGCGGCUCCUGCUUCUGACUUGAAGCUGGAGGUCUCCUUACCUGACAACGAAGUGAUCGGGGUCUUCCCUGAGGACUCUCUCAGUAGGCGAGGACUGGUGACUCCAAACUGUGACGAGUCUAAGGCGCCAAUCCAGGCACAGUAUCAGGUGAAGCAUCGACUCGGAGAGGAGUUUAUCCUUUCCACUCAGAACGCCAGUCUCUUCAUACAGCGGUUGCACAGCUACGCCCAGACGCCCAAUGCGGAAGGUGUCACGUUGAACGCUGAGACCUGUUUGUUGAAAGCGACGGAUUUCCGUCCCUCCCUAAACCAAAGUUGUCUGCCGGUGCUAGGGCGACGCUUCAGGGUUAUUUUACCAGACGUCCGCAACGGAAAUGGAAGUUGA